AUGCGGCCCCCUCUGUCUUGGGGUACCUUGGCAGAACUGAGGCUGCUCCUGGCCCUGGCAGGGGUCCUGGCCACAUUGAUCCUGGCCCAGCCUUGUGAGGGCAGUGCCCCAGCGGCUCCCGGGAAACUGGCACCUUCAGUCCUUGGCACCUACAUCGCAGAGGCUGAGCUACUGCUGGAAGCCUCCUAUGAUGGGAUGCAGAAGAGCACCAAACAGGAGCAUCCCAAUAGCUCAACUGGACCGGCAGAAGAACCGGCAGAAGGACCGGCAGAAGGACCCGCAGAGGGACCCGCAGAGGGACCCGAAGAUGAAGACCACCAACUGAGGGUGUUAUUACCUGCCCCUGGCACAGUCCUGAGGGCCAUCUAUCUGCGUGUGGCCUUGGGGCUGCCACAGGGAAAGGACCUGGCACAAGAGUCCGACUCCAUCCACAUCACUGGGGUCCUGACGAAGCCCCAGCUGCCUCCGCCAUCCCCGAACAAUGGCUGUGCAGAUCAGGGCGAGGCGCAGGACCAGGAGGAGGACCAGGACGGGCAAUGCAGUGACCAGUACCGGACCAUCAGUGGGAGAUGCAAUAACAAGAGGAGACCAUGGCUGGGGGCCUCCAACCACGCCCUCGCCCGCUGGCUGCCAGCCGAGUACGAGGACGGGCGGGCGUUGCCCUUGGGCUGGACUCCGGGCAAGAAGCACAACGGUUUCGUCCUCCCUCUGGUCCGGGACGUCUCCAACAGGAUUGUGCGCUUCCCCAGCUCAAGGCUGACCUCUGACCCUGGCCGGUCGCUCAUGUUUCCCCACUGGGGCCAGUUCCUCCUCCACGACUUGGCCUUCUCCCCCGAGUCUCUGGCCGAAGUGAACUACAUGCCCAACCACGACCUGUCUGUGUCCACGUCUUUGUUGGGAGAGGACAGCGUGACAGGAGCCGAUUGCCACAGGACCUGUGCCCGGCUGCCACCCUGCUUCCCCAUUGAGAUACCGCCCAAGGACCCGCGCAUCAAGACCCCCGGGGACUGCCUGCCCUUCUUUCGCUCGCUGCCCUGGCACCCAGUAAACGGCAACCGGGUCCGGGAGCAGACGAACCAGCGCAGCUCCUUCCUGGACGCCAGCACAGUGUACGGCAGCGAGGCCAGCUUGGCGGAGCGGCUGCGCAACCUCACGGACGAGCACGGGCUGCUGGCCGUCAACCAGGUGUUCCGCGACAGAGGCCGCGCACUGCUGCCCUUCGACAACGUGCUGGGCGACCCCUGCGUGCUCAGCAACCGCACUGCGCGCAUCCCCUGCUUCCUGGCAGGUGACCCCCGAGCCAGCGACACCCCCGAGAUGGCGGCCCUGCACACCCUGUUCCUGAGAGAACACAACCGGCUGGCCACGGAGCUGAGGCGCCUGAACCCGGGCUGGAGCGGGGAGCAGCUGUACCAAGAGGCGCGCAAGAUCGUGGGUGCCACAGUCCAGAUCAUCACGUACCGAGACUUCCUGCCGCUGCUUCUGGGCUCUCUCCGUGCCGCUCGCACCCUGGGGCCCUACCAGGGCUACUGCUCCAGCGAGGACCCACGGGUGGCCAACGUCUUCACCCUGACCUCGAGCUUCAGCCACAUGAUGCUGCAGCCCUUCGUGAUGCGCCUGGACAGCCAGUACCAGGCCUCCGGCCCCGAACCUCGCGUGCCCCUCAGUGCCAACUUCUUUGCCACCUGGCGCGUGGUAUACCAAGGUGGCAUUGACCCCAUCCUCCGCGGCCUCAUGGCCACCCCUGCCAAGCUGAACCAGCAGGACUCCAUGAUGGUUGACGAGCUCCGGGAGCGGCUGUUUGAGCGCCAGAGCAGGAUCGGACUGGACCUGGCAGCUCUCAACAUGCAGCGUGGCCGGGACCACGGCAUCCCGGGGUACAACGCCUGGAGGCGCUUCUGCGGCCUCUCCCAACCCCGCACCCUGGCUCAGCUCAGCCUGGUGCUGAAAAACCCGGUCUUGGCAAAACAGUUCCUGGAGCUGUACGGGACGGCCGACAACAUCGACCUGUGGAUCGGGGCCGUUGCGGAGCCCGUCUUGCCAGGAGCCCGCGUGGGGCCUCUCCUGGCCUGUCUGUUGGAGAAGCAGUUCCACAGGAUCCGCAGUGGGGACAGGUUCUGGUGGCAGAAGCCGGGUGUCUUCACGGAGAGCCAGCGGCAGGCCCUGAGCAGCAUUUCCCUGUCUUCGGUCCUGUGUGACAACACGGGCAUCAGCACCGUGCCCAAGGACCCGUUCAAGGGAGGCAGCUAUCCCCAGGACUUUGUGAACUGCACCCACAUUCCCAGACUGGACCUGUCUGCCUGGGAGGGCCAGUGAGGCCUCUGUAGGUAUGGGGAGGCGGAGGGAGGCAGUGAGGCCUCUGCUGGUAAUGGCCCAGCGAGUUCUCUGAAGGUAAGGGGGAGCAGCUCCUAACCCAGUACGCAGGGCCACUGGAGCGCCAACUGACGCCA